AUGUUCGCUCUCCGUACUGUCCGUUUGGCUGCUCGUUCUGCGGCUCCCGCUCUCCGUCGUGGAUAUGCUGAGGCUGUCCCCGCUGACCGCAUCCGUUUGACUUUGUCGCUUCCUCACCAGGCUGUCUACAAGGCUUCCGAUGUCGUCCAGGUCAACAUCCCCGCCACCGCCGGAGACAUGGGUAUCCUCGCCUCCCACGUCCCCUCCGUCCAACAACUCAAAGCCGGUCUCGUUGAGGUCAUCGAGGAGGGCGGUUCCGCCAAGCAGUUCUUCGUCUCCGGUGGUUUCGCCGUCGUCCAGCCCGGCUCUCAGUUGAGCAUCAACGCUGUUGAGGCACACCCUAUUACCGACUUCUCAGCUGAGGCUAUUAGGAAUGCGUUGGCGGAGGCGCAGAGGGUCGCUGGUGGAAAUGGAAGUGAGGCGGAUGUUGCUGAGGCGAAGAUUGAGGUUGAGGUUUUGGAGGCGUUGCAGGUGGGUUCAGGUUGAUUCAAAGAUGUGUGGAAAAGUGCUAACUUUUUGAAACAGACUUACGUUAAAUAAGCGACAAAAUAACGUUGUGAGGGGAUGAUAUUGUACUCUAAUACCAUAGGCUCUAUCGUUGUCACGAAUAGAAUGAUUGAACAUUGACUUCGCGUCCUGCCCCCACCUGCAAUAUCCCCGGGUAUAUUUGCGCCAUUUUAUGGAACUAGAACCACACAUCCUGCGGCUGUACGCGUACGUCCC